UGUACGUAGCUUGUACGCUAAAACGAGCUGGGAUGGCACCUUACGUUAAACUGCAGACUUGGCCUAACGGGGUCUAGUAUGAGCCCGGGAGUCAGAGCCGCUACAUGGGGCCAUCAACCUAGCAUUAGGCCCCGUAUGUCUUAGUGGGCGGUGGUAAUGGCCAAGGUCUGGGGAACCGAAACAUUGGUAUGGCCUAAAGGGGGACAUCGACAUGCAAGGGCCGCUCCUGGUGCGAGACCGCGCAUUGCAACAUGACGCCUAUGGUGUACCUGUGUUUGUCAUGGCCGAAUGCUGAUCUGCCUCCAUGACGACUUUGUUGCACCGGUGUGUCAAUCUCGCACAUCUCGCCAGUGCUGCCGUGCCGAGACAAACUCUCUCCUCCCCUCUGGCAACGCCUACUGUACUUUCUUGCUUCCCGGCGAUGACUCCCAUGGUUUGGCGCUCUUUGGUGGAGCAGGCAAGCAGCCACCAAAAAGGCAUUAUUGGCUGACACUGGCCCUCUGCCGUUUUAGCUUGCAUGCCGACACCCACACCAAGAAAACAAGGUCGCCCCCAAAUGUGAGGUUCCAGUAGGCAAAAGCCCAACCCAGUACCAUGGAACCUGCGUUGGCGCUAGACCAGGCUCAUCCCUGCAAGCGUCGCGGGCAAUAGCAAAUGACUGGCAUUGGGCGAGACAUGCGGCACCACUGUUUGCUUGUUCCCAGGGGAGAGUGGAAAAAGUCUUCACGACAUGCGUCGAAAGACAAGACAAAAAAGUAAAGCGGGAAAUCAGGCCACCAUCAACAGAGAUAGGAGAGCGGCACAACGCAAUGCGAGGCCGUCGCCUAGCGGCGGAAGCCUGCGUGCACCUACUUGCUUGCCUAGCUGCUGCCACGCGUAAACGGGCUGCGUCAUGGACAGACGCUUCACUGUCAUGACUGCCGUUAGCCUCCACUGCCUGCGUAGUUUACUUCACUGUGAGGCGGGCUACGUGCUGCUGGCUGCUGCAAGCCAUGGCUUAGGCGGCCGUAUCCGACGCCAGAUGCACUGUACGAAGCAAGAUCCGAGGAAAUGCGCACGCAAGCAGCCCGACGCUAUUCCCCCGGCGGCCCUGUCGCUCCCUAAAUGAUUCUCGUACUGCAUGGGUGUUGCGGCAUCACGGGGACCAGCAAAGUGCUUCGAAUAAUCUUCUGCCGCCACCGCCGGUCUUCCACACAAUGGAUCCAGCUCGCCCCAGCAUGGGUCGGAUAGCAGGGCUGCAGUCUCCGCGUCGCCACCGGCUAGGGGCCUACGGAGAGUUAAUUAGACGUGAGAAGCCGCUCUUGUCGCCAGGCCGUUGGCCGGUGCAGCGAAAGAAAAGCUUUUUUCAGGGGAUUAGGAGGCCAGCCUCAGGGGUGUGCCUGGGCACGAGAUGACUGGCACGUUGGGCCGGGGCAUUUCUAUCGAAACAGAGCUUGAGUGCAACGCUGCAUCGGGUUCCCGGCAGUGGACUGGCUGGUAGGGCAUCAAUGGAAACUGAAUGCCUGUCUGUGGUUGUAUACAGCAUACGAGUAUGUGCUGUUGAUAUUAGACAAGGCGAACGAGUUUGGCAUGCAUGCAUGUAUAUGCAGACCAUGUGAGUGCUAGGCUUGGUAGCCAAGACCACAGCCUGCGACCGCCCGUUUGUGCCGUUUGCUUGGCUGGCUCUAUACGCGCAACGUCCAAUUCUGGGCAAUCACCAUGUUUUGGGCAGAUUUCGGGUAUAGAUUGACAGAGUGGUGGUCCUGGCAGUCACACGGCAUGUUCGGUGUCGGCGUGCAUCGUUGCCUUGCGCCUCAUAGAGCCUUUCACUUUUAUGGCAUUUAUAAGCGCUGUUUGAAGGAAAUGGGGGUUUGAAAUGAGAAAUCUCCUGGCGCAUGGCAUCCACGCCGAGUUGAGUCCAGGACUUGAUCAACCGUACACUGGUGCCGAGGUUUCAAUUUGACUUUGAGCAGUUAUCCAGUACAUGUAGAAUAUAUACUGGAUACGACGAAAUAUGCCGAGGGCGCACAGCAUUCUCGGUUUCGUGGACUAGGGAAUCUGCGAUGCCCAUCUUGGGAGUCACCGGCUUAUUGGAGAGGCAAUCUGGGUCAGUCGCACAGUUGAUUGGUCUGUUUAGUCGAGUGUGCCAUGAGUUUAUAUUAUGUAAGCAAUUUGCAUCUGAAUUUUCUACGAUAAAAUACACUCUAUUGCGUUUGGCACCAUCUACUAAACCCUAAUGACGAAGGCACAUCGUAACUAGAGGCUUAUUGUAGCUGGUGCGUGCCGCAACAUAAGCAUUCCCUGAGUGCGUAUCAAGACAGAUAUGACUCGACGAGUUGGUCGAUAACAAGAGAUUUGGAUCUACUUUGCCCAUAAUCAUCACAGAUAACAUCUGCCUAGCCUAGAUGUACACGUAUUGGUUGAGGCAGUGCUUCGCGACGUCAAGGACCAACACGUGAUAGCAUCUUUGCCUUGGAAUAUCCGUAUAAGUCACAGACGCGAAAUUAUAAAAUAAAAAAAACAAAGGAAAAGAAAUCUGCCUAGUGUAAAAUUUUGAUUUCACUGCCCUUGUCAUUGUCACAGCCUGCCUAGGCCUCCAUUUUAGAACAGUCAUUGGUACGCGGCCUGUUAGCUUCUGACUCACUGAAGUUCGAACAUCAGAGUACUUAUGAGGCGUCGUCAGCCGCGUUAGUGACUACACACUAGACUGACGGAAACCCCGCCUCUUUAGCGCUCGUCUCCACUACAGCUUCACCAGCAACUUACACGCCAGCUUCACCUGCACCGUGGAAGGAAAGCAACUUGAAGUCUCUUGAAAAGAAAAGAAAAAAAUGACAACGGUGGCAGCCGAAUCAGGUGCCAUAAGCGACGACUGGCAGGAUGUUGGCGAUGUCGAGUCCGUCAAGUCGCUGCCCAUCAACGAUGACGAGGCCGUGAAGACGCCGCCUAAAGAUGUUGUCGCUGCGACUGCUACUGCUACUACAUCUGUCGUUGUAGCAGACGAAGCGCCUAUCACCAAGCAUGAGAAUACGAAUAUCUCUGCAGAGGUACAGCAGCCAAAGGAAGCACCAAAGGCGUGGACAUCGGCAAGCUCGACACAAGCCGUACUCCAUGCGAAUACACAACCAGCCAAGACUCAAUCAACACCCACACCUGCGCCGAUACGACGCGUGAUACGGACGCUCGCUGCUUACAAAGAAGCACUCCUCGAACUCAAGGGCCAACUCGGUGAAACAGUCCUCAUCCUAGACGCUCUGGCAGAUGCUGGUGGCGCCUUCAAUACAGACCUCCGCGACACUCUAGAGACACUGAAGCAGCAGACAGCCGCACUCAGCCAAACAAUAUACCUGAGCACCCGCCUCUACGACGCACAAAACGGCAGCUCUCGCGAGUCUACUGUACCUGUCAACGCCAGCCUGGGCGACUGGCUAUCCAAUGCGCUGCGGCAAACCGAGGCCGCCAAGAAUGAGCUCCAAGCAACGGAGAACAACGACAUUGGCACUCCAGCCAGCGAACUGCUCGUGCUGUCCAUGACCAUGGAAGAGUUUCUACCGGUAUUCCAAGCCGAGUUCGAGCUCUACCGCCAGGAGAUGCAGGAGAACGUCCCUGUUGCACGACCAGCCCGCCAGAACCCGAUUCCCGAUAUCACCAAGCUGCGCGCCGCGCUAACCGGCGCCAAAGACAACUUGUACUCUGUAUCAGAGGUUCUCCGGACGGUGCUUCCGUCGGCGCUCGACGAAUCUGAGCACCGCGGGGCCAUGGUCGAAAUGGCGUGUUCCAAUGCAGACGCGCUCAUGUCACUUAUCACGGUAGUGUUGGCAACUUAUGCCGGCGAGUGGGUGACGUGCCAUCACAUUGCGUCUGCGCCGGACGCGAUCUCGUUCAACGAGUUUGCACAGCUAGAUAGCAGCGUGGUGCAGGAUGUCAAUGACCACUUGGAGGACUUUUUGAAGAAGUUGACGCCAAAGGUGGACAAUCCCGCGGCAGAUGUGCUCCUUGGGCAUCGCUAUGUUAUGCUAUUUGAGUCUAAGCAGCUCGACAAGGUAUUAGCUACCCUUGGUCUUCUCCAGGCGAUUCUAAUCCCUGGCGGAAGAGACCAGCAGCAGCAGUAGUAAAACAGUAACCGUAGUAAAUACAUGCACAUCUACUGCAUUCAUGCCCCCCUUGUUAAAUCUUAAAAGACCCAAUAUCAAAUAUCGCUAUGCUUAUCAUCCGUUUGCUUCUGCCUAUGCUUCUCCCAAUCAUCCUCCGUCAUACAAAAGAUGAACUCAUCAUGAUACUUCCUAUCCAUCCAAAACGCCUCCUUCAAUUUACCCGUCUGCUCAAAGCCCAGACUCUUGCACAUCUCAAUGGCCGUCGUGUUGAACUCAAACACCGAGUGAUGCAGCAUGUGCAAAUUGGCAUGACGAAACGCCCAGUCAACGCCCCAAGUCAGAGCCUCACGGCCGUAUCCCAUGCCACGAUGCCUCUUGGCAAGUAUGAGGCCAAUGUCCGCGUUGCGGUUCUGCUGGUAACACCCAGCGAGGCCGCCCCAGCCAAUCCAUAGCGUGCCGAUGACGGUGCGCCGCGGCCUAUCGCCCGUCGGCUUGAGGCAGAUGGCGACGCCGAGGAGCGCCUUGUCGAACUGUUCGACUAGGAAGUCGAUGUCGCGAGGCGAUUGGGGCCGUAGGAGCAUGUUGUAUGUGAGGGCCUGCAGCGCAGGCUCGGCAAACAUGUCGUCGAGGGUCACCAUGUAGACUUCACUCUUGGGGUCGAUGGGCGCGAAGAUGAGGCGCUCCGUCUCAAAGGCAUUGCCGAGGGUUUCGAUAACCGACAUGACUACUGACUUUGUGAAGAAACACAAACAGUACUAUUCCUGAAGACGAAAAGGGCCUUUUGUGGAAUAGGCUGCUUUUUUAUCUUUUCAGCUCACAACUCCGCAGCGGCAGCCUAUUCCCUGCACCCAUGGAUUGGUAGCCUGGUGCGCAUGUUCGCCUCGUGUACACCGUAUCCUGCACUGAGCGUCGAUCGCAGCCUUGUGCUCCGUUUCCAGCACCACUGAGUCCCGGCUGAAGGUGC